AGCGGCCCUAGCCGGCGACCACCGCCCCCGCCCUGCCGUGGGCGGUGACCCGCCGGCCCGCUGAGAGCCGCGCAAUGCCGCGGGACUGCGGCUCCGGGGGUGGGGGCUUCACGGUGCAUCACGAGCCUCACUGGGGCCUAGUUCCAUGAGGCCUGCGCACCCCGGGACUGAUACCAGAAGACGGCGCGGGACCAUCGCUCUCCCGGCCUAGACGGAGACGGAGUGUGAGGCGCGGCGGGCUCAGGGCAUCUGAGGGCUCUCUCCGGGCGUCAGGCUCAGGGCCACCGCCGCCGCCACCUCGGCUCCUGCCGGCGCCGUCGCCUCUCCCGCCCACCCCUCGCCAUGUCCGAGGAGCUUUCGGCGGACACGUCCUACACGGAAGAUGAUUUCUACUGCCCAGUCUGUCAGGAGGUGCUCAAGACGCCGGUGCGGACCGCGGCCUGUCAGCACGUUUUCUGUAGAAAAUGUUUCCUGACUGCAAUGAGAGAGAGUGGAAUACAUUGUCCUCUAUGUCGCGGAAGUGUGACUAGAAGAGAAAGAGCAUGUCCGGAACGGGCCAUAGAUCUUGAAAAUAUCAUGAGGAGGGUUUCUGGUAGCUGCAGAUGCUGUUCAAAAAAGAUUAAAUUUUAUCGCAUGAGACAUCAUUACAAAUCUUGUAAGAAGUAUCAGGAUGAAUAUGGUGUCUCUUCUGUCAUUCCAAAUGUUAAGAUUUCUCAAGAUUCAGUAAGGAGCAGUAAUAGGAGUGAAACAUCUGCAUCUGAUAACACAGAAACUUAUCAAGAGGAUACAAGUUCUUCUGGGCAUCCCACCUUUAAGUGUCCCUUAUGUCAAGAGUCAAAUUUCACCAGACAACGUUUAUUGGAUCACUGUAAUAGUAACCACCUAUUUCAGAUAGUUCCUGUGACAUGUCCUAUUUGUGUGUCUCUUCCUUGGGGAGAUCCUAGCCAGAUUACUAGAAAUUUCGUUAGUCAUCUAAAUCAAAGACAUCAGUUUGAUUAUGGAGAAUUUGUGAAUCUUCAGCUAGAUGAGGAAACCCAAUAUCAAACUGCUGUGGAAGAGUCUUUCCAAGUUAACAUGUGAUGUGUGUAGACAUCUCUGCCUCCUUGCUACCUACAAGUGCCAUCUUUAAGGAGAAGACAUGAAGUCACCGUUUUCAGUAAUUUGCUGUGCAUAUUAAUAAAAAUAAUAAUUCAGUCUACUGUAUUAGGUUUUUAAUUGAAAAUAAAGGUGGGCCACCCUAAUUCCAUUCUCUAGACAGUUACUUUAACAGCAUGGAAAGGGUCGUAUUUCACUUGUGUGGUGAAAAGGGAAUCUGUUGUCUUUUUCUUUCUUGUAUUACAUAUUCUGAAUGUUUAAGUUGUUUUUGAUAAUUUGGUACAGUUCCUUCUAUUUAGUAGAGAGAUAACUGCAAAUUCUGAACGAUGUGAUUCCUAUAAAACUAAUAAACCUGAGCCAUUUGUCAGAGCUGCAGAGUGGAAACUUGAAGUGCAGAGGGGGGAGGGGGGGGCCAAAGGGGUUUUCAAAAGAAUAGAUCCUGGCUGAGGAUACAAUAGGAAAAUUGUAUUUAUAUAAUGUUUAGUAUUUUUGAAGACUAGUGAGAUUUCUUUAAUAAUUUUGACUCUGAAAGUGUAUUGUACAAAUGUUUCUUCUUUUGUGGUUAGAAGAAACAAGAGAAAAAGUUUUCGUUGGUGGUGUUUGUUAUUUCAAUCUAGGUUGAGUAAUUUGUAAGCCCAAAUAUGUUAUAUGACAGUUCUUUGUAGUCAGUGUUUCUCACUUGCUGAUGAAACUUUUUAGUCAGUGAAUGAUACAUUACACUUAAAUUAGUUUUUUAAAAAUCCAAAGUUGCAGAUGUAUGUGGAUAUGUACAUAGACUUUUGCAUGUAUAUAUACACAUAUAUAUAUCCUUGCCUAGAGUUUGUCAGGUUAUGUAUAGAAUUUCUAUUAAAGAGUUUUAAUAAUGGACAGCAAUAUAGGAUUGAAGUAUUUAUCUCAUUUGUUUAAAACUUUGUAUGUUACCACGUUUUUAAAACAGUAAACCAAAUACUACGUGGUACAGUUGGCUGUUAUUACACCUGAAAAAAUGUGUUAAAUGGUGCUCAUUUGUUCUUUUUGAAAAUGAUUCAUAGCUGAUGUGUGGUGAGAUUUUUACCAGCCUCUGUUUCACUACAUUUUAGUCAAAACUGAGUUCUUAAUCUUUGGUAUAAAGUAUUGUAGAGAAGGCCAAGUCACAGAGUAAAGAGUGAAGAGGGAAUUGUUACAUUCCAUGCUAACAUCACACUGUUGUGCUUUCUUUAAAAUAAACAUAAAAGAAAAUCUCUGAAGUAGUUUGCUGCUAAUAUAUACAACAUAUAUUGUAAAAAGGGUAUAUUUUGAUUUUCUUAAUACCCUUGUUGACUUUUCUACAAUGAACAUUUUUUUUAACUUGAUUUAAUAAAAAUGUUAAUUUUGGAUGUGCAGUUUUGUAAAAACCUUUUUCAGUUAAACAGUAAUGACUUUAUUUAUGUUUAGUAAUGUAGACUCACAACAAGCCAUACAUCUUAAUACCUUUUUUUUCCCCUGUCAUUUCUUGAGCGUGACGUUUACUGUGUUCUCUAGCACUUUGAGUUGACAUACAAGAGUGUAAUCCUAGGAACAUCUAUAUAAUGAACUCUUUAAAGGGAGACUUCUCUCCACAGAAGCAAUAACCUGGAUGCUUUUAAAGUUCAAUUUAGCCAGUGUGUUGCUAAAUCACCCUGGGAUGUACAAACUUAAAGGGAAACUUGUACUAGAGAUCAUUCUGGAAUCCUGUUUGAAGUCUUGUGGAUGAGUUAAAUAUUAAUAUAUCUAUAGCUUUUUCAUGAGAAUUAUCUCUUUCGCAUUAGUAACUUAUUGAAAAUGGAAAAAAGUUUUAAAUUCUUUUUUGUCAGUAGAUUAAGAACAAGGGUUGACUUUACAGUUUAAUUCAUGGGGAAGAAGCCUCAGUGGUGUUGUUUAGUAGCCACCAGCAUAAAGGAGGAAGCUAUAGCAGUGUGCUGACGCAUCGCUUUCACGGUACCACUUAGGAAAGCCAUUUCUCCUUCAACUUAGUUUAGUCUAUGUCCUUCAAUACAGUGUUCAUUGAGAUGUAUUGCUUUAUUUUUCAAUUAAAAAUGGUUUUCUCCUA